AGAGAGAAAGACACACACAGAGAGAGAGAGAGAGAGAGAGAGAGAUCCGAUCCCAUACAAGGCUUGAGCGCAGAAGGAAAAAACAAAAGUAUUUGCAGGAUAUUUUCACAGGAUGUGUAGCGGAGCGCACGAGAGACGGAGGAGAGCAGCAUGAGUGUGAACAGCAGCAGAGGAGCACACUACUGAGCAUCAUGGGGACGCGUCUCUGGAUACUGAUGCUCGUGGUGAACCAGGUCUCUUCCUACAGACGUCCAGCAGAGCCUUUAACCUGUCAAGUGGUCCAGGAGGAUGUCGACUGCAGCGGUCUGAACCUCAGACGGAUCCCUGUGCGAUUGCCGACCUCUAUCCACCUCCUCGAUCUGUCUCGAAACCUCCUGCAGAACCUCACGGACCGGGAGCUUCCUGGGCUCUCCACCGUCCAGCAUCUGAACCUCCACGCCAACAAGAUCCAGUUCAUCCAGCCGGGCCUGUUCCAAGACACGAGUCGUUUGGAGGUGCUGGAUCUAUCGGGAAACUCCCUGGACCUUUACGCCGCUCUGAAAACACACGUCGGGCCGCUCAAAUCAGUCCGGCAUCUGGAUUUGUCCGGAAACGGUCUGUUCACGGAUAUGAGCGACUAUUUCCUGAGCGACACCCCGGCCCUCACCAACCUCUCUUUAGACGGGAACAGCAUUACUAAAAUCAGCAGGCACACAUUCAACGGAUCUCAGGCUCUAAGAAACAUCGACCUGCACAAUAACGUCAUCAUAGAAAUCGAAGAAGGUGCUUUCGAGUCGCUGACGGGACUCUCAGAACUCGAUCUGUCGGUGAACUCCAUUUCAUGCAUCACAGACUUCAACCUCGUUCAGCUCAAAACUCUAAACUUGAGCAAAAACAGCCUGAAUAGCUUUCAGACCGUUGAUUCGGAUCUAGAGUUCGAGCUUCAGUAUCUGGACCUGAGGGAAAAUAAAAUCCUGUAUUUCCCCGUGCUUCCCGAGAGGAACAAACUCGUGUACCUGGACCUGUCCAGAAACCUCUUGAGAAGCGUGAACUGCUCCGGUCCACUAGAAGAGCUGGAGAACCUGAAGGCCAGCGGGUAUCUGUUCACCGAUCACGACAAACCCCUUUGCCUUUGUGUUAAUCAGAGGCACCAGGAUUUUCCCAAGUUGCUCUACUUGGACUUGAGCUACAACCAGUUCAAAGCGAUUCCGUCCUCGUUCUUCAGCAGCGUGGCUUCUCUGGAGAGCCUGAACAUCAGCAAUAACUGUUUAGAGAGCUUCAGUGUGGAUUCAGAAGGCCAUCUGAACUCGUUGAAAACCUUGGACAUCAGCUACAACAACCUGCAGAACUUGUCCUUCGGGGAAAACACGCUGGCUGCGUUGGAAGUCUUGCACCUUCAGGGAAACGCUCUGAGCAUACUAGACCCCGAGAUCUUCUCAAGGCUCCCCAACAUACAGAGCCUUCAUCUUCAGGAAAACUUGUUCAGCAUCUGUCCUUCUCUCAAGGGUCCAAUGCACGACUGCAUCCGACUGUCCUCUAUCCCGACCCUGAGCUACCUGUACCUCUCGGAGAACAGUCUCGUAUCGGUUCCACCAGGAGCGUUUCACGGAAGCCCGCUGCUUAUUCUGGAUCUGUCCAUGAAUCCCGGUGUGGAUGUCGGCACGUCAUCUCUCUCAGGUUUGGAGAUGUCCCUCACCCAUCUUUCUCUGAGAGGAAACCAGCUCCGAAACUUAGCUGUCGACUUCACCUUCUUUCAGAAACUCAAGUCUUUGGAUCUGUCGCUGAACCGGCUCACGGGGGUCUCUCUGUGGAGUGGAGACUCUUCGGUGGAGUCCUUGAACCUGCAGAAUAACAGUUUGGUAACACUCACAUCCGACACGGUUUUGGCUCUGCAGAAAUCGCUCAGAACUUUAUAUGUAGGCUCGAACCCCUUGAGCUGCUGCGGAAACCCGUACCUCCUCACGUUGCUCCAGCAGGACAGACUGAACGUGCCAGACAUCGCCGUCGUGACCUGCUGGUACACCAGAGACUCGGAGAGCGUGGAGAUCAGCGUGAGCGCCGUGAAGCCGGAGCACUGCGAGUCUGUGGACAGGAAAGUGUUGUGGAUCAGUGUGAUCGUCGUGCUCGUGCUCGGACUGAUGCUGGUGUCGGUGGUCGCCUUGAAACUCUGUCACUCUAAAAAACACAGGUUCAAAAGAGGCAUCAAAGCUUGAAUCAAAAGAAGGAAAAGAAACCAAAGCGUUCUCACCUGAUUGUGGUGCCACAUGCAUGACAGCUAGGUUUCAGUAUGUGAUGCGUGGGUGGAUCUGGAACAAGUUCAGUGUCAAAUCCUGAUCACCAUCUUUUGCAUUCACAUCAUUUGUGACAUUUGCUAUUUAAACAGAAAUGCAAGCAAUAUUCACCAGUGAGGGUAAAGCAGGACAUGCUUCUGCAUUCGAAACCAGCCAGAUGCAGCAAGACUGCACAAACGAUCCCAAUUAGCCAAACAAAACAUGUUUCAUGUGCUGAUCUUCUGCAAUAACACUACACUUUCUGAUGCACGCACUUUAUGGAUUGUGAUUUGUGAAUAUGGGAGUGAAAUGUACAUGCAUAAUGUGAAAACUGCAUCAACAAGUUGCAAACAGAUGCAAGAUUGACUGGAGAGGGUUGUAGAGUGAGACUAGAUUGUAGGAGUGUGUUUUCAAUACGUGUCUCUGCAGCACAAAAGCAGCGUUAAGUCUCUGGGAUAUAUUUGUAGAAAUAGCCAACAAUACUUUGUAUGGGUCAAAAUUAUUCAAUUAUUAUCAAUGCCAAAAAUCAUUAGGAUAGUAAGUAAAGAUCAUGUUCCAUGAAGAUAUUUUGUAAAUUUCCUACCGUAAAUAUAUCAAAACUUAAUUUUUGUUUAGUUAUAUGCAUUGCUUGGAAAUAUUAUUUAUUCAUCGUUCAGAUGAUGUAUACAUC